AUGGAGUCACAAACCGCUGCACAAGCUGCGAAAGUCAGCACCAUGAGUUUCGACCCGUCUGCCUUCUUGACUGUGCGCGUCGGUCCCGAAGGCUCCCAACAAGAUUUCUUGCUCCACGAAGGCAUUAUAUGCAAACGGUCCGAGUUAUUCCGCCGCGCGAUAAAUGGCAACUGGCCUAAGAAGAAGGAUCGAAUUGUCAAACUACCUAAGGACGACCCCAAGAUCUUCGCCCUCUACGUCAAUCUCAUCUAUAUGGGCGUGUUGUACAAUGAACCAGACGCUUCCAAGAUGACGCCUGUCGAGUUCCAAGCACAUACCCUAUCGACCGUCAAGUUCUACAUCCUCGCCGAGAAGCUGCAAGACAAGCAAGCUAAGAAUGCCGCUCUGGAGACUCUCCACAUAGAAGUUACAACAGAUUCGUCCGACGACAGACUACCCAACGCCGAGAUCGUCGAGUUGAUGUACAAGAACACAUCGGAAGUUAGUCUUGGACGGCGCCUCAUGGUCGACAUCUGGACCUGCAUCAGCACGAAGAGUAUUCUCGAGAAGAGUGAAGGCCUUCGCAGGGACUUUCUCGUCGAUCUCGCCUACUCACUUCAUGGUGAGCGUCCAGUGCGCAAUGGAAAUUUAGCAUGUAGAAAAGGAUAUACUGCAUAUCAAGAGAAGCUCUGA